CGAUUCGAGGCACUGAGCUCAAAACAUUGAGUGAGAGGUGAUUCAUUGAUAAGAUGGCGGGCAUACUAGGACAUGCGGAAAAGAUGGUUACCGAAUUUCACAAUUUUGUCAGUGAUCCUGUAAAUAACCCAUUUCUUUUGUCUGUUGCUGUUGUACUUCUCUCAAGCUUUGUCAUUCUUGUGUUGUUUGCAAUAAAUUCACGAAAAGGCCGGAGGCAAGGCAUUCUUCUGCUUGGACUCUGUGACUCGGGAAAGACACUCCUGUAUAGCUUGCUCACGCAAAAGAGAAUGGUAUUAACUCAUACAUCUAUACGCGAGAAUCAGGGAAAAUAUGAGAUAAAGCAGUCAAAGAAAGCUACUCAUGCAGUCAUCGUGGACUUGCCCGGACAUGAAAGAAUAAGGACCAAAUACAUCAAGAAAUAUGAAGACAUGGCAAGGGGGAUCAUUUUCAUGGUUGAUAGUGCUGCUUUCCCGAAACAAAUAAGAGACAUUGCCGAGUACUUGUAUGAUGUAUUUGCCAACAAAAUAUUGAUGUCUUCUAAGCCUUCAGUUCUUGUUGUCUGCAACAAACAAGAUAUACCUACCGCAAAGUCUGCAAAUGUGAUAAAAAGCCAGCUGGAAAAGGAAAUCCAUGAAAUGCGAUUUACGAGAGCUGCUGCUCUGAAAGGAACCGAUGAUAUGCAUUCGAAAAGAGACGUGGAUGUUGGAAAAAAGGGGAAGGUAUUCGAGUUUGGGCAAUUGCAGGGAAAAAUAAAUUUCAUUGAAUGUAGCAUCGGCACAGAAGAUUCUGUAGGGGUUGGAAUAAUCUGUGAAUGGAUUGAGAAAACUGUCAUGUAGGAUUGGUUUAAUCAUUUUAAAUUAUAGUUGAUGCAAUAAACAGUUAUAAUGUCUA